UCCGCGGCUCAGUGGAGCGUCCGCACACAAACAGCGCUGACAGCACAGGAGACACUUCAGCUGACAUCCAGCAACUAAAAAAAAACUAAAAAAACCCAAACCCCUCCGAGAUCUCAUGGGAGAGCUGCGGCGGCGGGCUGCGAACAAACCCACGCUGCAGUUGUUCUUCACGGAAAUGUUUCACCUGAACUUUUCCUUCGGACGCUGAAAGUUGGAGAGGAAGGACGCAGCAGGGAGACGCUUCAAAUGGAGAGUGGCUGAAUCAGAACCAACCGGAUCUGAAAAGUUUCACAAGGACGUAGCUCCAGCGUGAGGCGGCAUGUCAAACCGGGACUCGCUGGGCUUCGGGGACAUGCUCCCCCAGGAUGUGGUGGACAUUUUUUCCCAGGAGAAGCACAACAAAAGGGGCCAGAAGAAGCGCAGCCGCUCCCUGGGACGAGCUUUGGGCUGGCUGAAGGGCAAGAAGAGGAAGGAGCUCGGCACUAAUGGGUCGAACCCGGGUCUGGGUCCUGCUUUUGACCUGGCCAUUGAUGGGAAUGCUGCUGGGCAUCAGGGUGGACACAAGGGAGGUCAGAGGGCAGAAGUCAAGAAGGCAGGAGGACAGAAGGCAGGACGGCAGGCCCAUCAUCAGGGAAACAAUCAUGCUGACCCAAAGCGAGAUGAUGAUAAGAAGACCCCAGCACCCCCGUUGUUCCAGGAGAAUGUCUUCAUUGAGUCCAGCAGGCCCAAGUACCUGGAGGACCUCCACACCGAGGCCCUGGAAGGAUUGAAGAUGAUGCAGCAGGAAGAAACCAGUAAUGGAGUGGAGUAUCAGGAUAACGAAAGUACAAUUUCGACAGUAACGGUCCAAACAGACGGAGAAAAUGGAGGCUUUGUGACAGACAGCACCAUUGCUGACACAACUUCUGUUGCCUCUGUGAAAUCAUCGGUGUCUACAAGGUCCUCCCGCUCUGGACUCACCAGACAAGGAUCAACAUUCAGACCCUUGAACUCUGGGAAGAAGUCAGAAAAGGCGAAGACAAGGAGAAGACACAGGAAAACUGUUGGGUCUAUCCCGCAGCAUGUUCAGAGAGAGCUGGGCCUUGACAGAGUGGGCUGGACACUGACUCAGAAAUUAGAUGAGGAAGAGGUUUAUAAUGGCGACACUGAUUGCAGCCCCACCACUGAUGGGCCGCAGCAGGCAGCAGAGUCACCACAGGGAGCUGGUGCCAACGUUCAGGCUGUGAACAUCAUCCAGCCUCUCAGCAAAGACAAAGUCGAACAGCUUGGUGCCACCCAUGCUGGUCAUAGGGACGACCUGGCUCUGCUGCCCCACCUUUGCUCUGACCUGGCAGGUGAGGAGAGGCGUCAGUCGCUGGCCGUUCCCUGGAUGACCACUGCCUCCGGCCUUCAGCAGGAACUGCCCAGCCCUGUCAUAACCAUGUCGCCGCAGGCUGCGUACAUGUCCAAAAUCAUCCCUAAUGCUGUGCUGCCACCCUCCAUCGACGUGGUGGAAAUUAGCCGCGGCCGAAGUCGCAACAGCGUCCGCACAGUCAGCAAGAGCAGCCUGGUGCUGUCCAGCCCAGCUUCCUCCCGUGCUUCUUCUAGAGCCUCUUCAUCCAGAACAACUUCCUCCAGACCCUCCUCCAGAGCCUCCACCAUCACCUCCGCCUCUCACCAACACUUUCCAAGUGUUUCCGACAAUUCUUGCUGGAGUAAUUCUGACUCUUCUGAGACCUUGGUAUCUGACACUUCAACCAUCUCCAGCAGCAGCACCCCCAGGCAAAAGAGGUCUCAGGAUGGAGAUGCUUCUGCCAAGGAGGACAAAGUUAGCAUUCACUCGGCCAUCAGCAAGUCCUCCAAAGGCACCUCCAAUGGCAAGCUCCUUACUAAGGUAGACGAGGUUAAAAAAGACGGGCAGUUUGCACGUAGCCUCUCUGUUAUGAAGCCCAAGAGGGCUCCUCCUCCUCCAAGUCGCUCCUAUUCCCUCCACAAUAAGAUGAAGCGAAGGUCACGUGAUCUGGCAGAAGCUAGGGUCAUUCCUGGUGAACCCUCUCUAAAUACCAUCUCAUCUGCAGGUGAGGAAAAUGAAAAAAACAAACCACAAUCCUCUCCGGCACCCUCCAGAACUGUAGACAGCCCUGGCUACAAUGCUGACACCAGUUCUCUUGAUGACUCCACGGGCUCUGUGUCAUUCAGUCCAAUCAAAUCUCAGCUGCAGGUACUAAAGACAGAGGAGGCUAAAAAGGAUGCAGAAACCAUUUCCCAAGAUGCUUCACAAGAAAAGCAGGAGCCACUGAAAGAAACUAAGCUAAACAAAGUAAUCUCUCCAUCCAGUGGCUACUCCAGCCAUGAUGGCACAUCUCCGCAACUUUCUAAACAGCAUCACAGCGCAUCUCCAAAGCAAAAGAAAGGCCUAUUAGCAAAGCUCCAACGGUUAUUUCCUGCAUCUUCUUCUGCUGGUUCAGCGCCAUCCAUUUUAACACAGCCAGAGGCUCCUGCAAACACAGGGGAACCUAAACCUGAAUCAACUGACACAAUCACCGCCAGCCCCUCUGUACGAACCUUGAGAGAACUCUUCAACAUCCCUCCGCCACCAAAAGUCCAUGCCCCUCCACCUCCUCCGCCUGAGGUAUGGGCUCACAGCACGCGUUCAAUUGAGUUGCUCUUAGGACCCCCCGCCCCUGGUAAGACUUAUGCUAUUGUAAAGAAGAAUCCAAAGGACAGGAGACAACAGAGGCCGUCACCUUCUGCAUCUACAGAGGGCUCUGUGAAAAGCUUGGUGGUAGAAAGGAAACAUAAGAAUCCAGCUGUAACAGUGGAGUCUGUUAUUGGAUCCCUACAUGUGAUGGAGACAAAGAAAGUUCAAGAAAGUGUGAUUUUGAAUGCAGAGAAAGAGAACAAUGAAAGACUGACUCAGAAUGUAGACGUGAAAGGAAGUAGUAAAGAUGAGAAAGUGAGAGCAAGUGAUUUAUUAAAUGGAAUGUUAGUGAAGGCUGCAGAGAAACGUGAAGAAAGGCUGGCAGCAGUGAGAGAAGUGGCAGCAAAGAAGACAGCCACCCAAGCUACAGAUGAAAAGACGUUACCUGCCAUUUCAUUAGUACGUAUUUCCCCAUCGCCAUCUCCUCUUCUGGCACACCAUCCCCCCCAACCCCUUACCAAACAGACCACAGAAGUUGUUGUGUCCCCCGAGUCAUCAUGGCCUCCACCACCUCCACCAAUGGGACAAGUGGGCCUCAAUGGUCCGGAUGAGACAGACUUCCCUCUUCCACCUCCACCAAUGUUUAGUGAAGAGGGUCUAGUUUUACCUGUUGAGGUGCCACCAAAGUCGUCCACUCUUGCGCCUGUUACAUCAGUGGUGAAAACGGCAAGUGUUAAGUUGAUCUCAGGGGCUGAACCACAGAAGCCCAGUGGGUCUCAGGAAAUAGCGCCUCCACCCCUGAAUAUCCCACCUCCCCCACCAUAUUCAGCUCCCCCUCCCCCAACUACAGUAGUCUUACCACCUACAAUCACUAAUGUCUCGCUGCCAACAAAGGAGGUUCCUCCACCACCACCUCCACAAGUUUCUCCUGUGAGGCCCAAAGAGUUUUCUUCUACUGUGGUUCAAGAUGUGCGCCCUCCUGUUAAGGACGUCUCGCCCACACUGGUUAAAGUAGUAUCUCCCCCCGUAAUUAAGGAAGUCUCACCUCCACAGGUUGUCAAGGUUUCCUGUCCGCCUCCUAAAGAGCCCUCUGCUCCUGUGGUUCAAGACGUGUCCCCCCUUGUUAAAGACACCACCCCCACACUGGUUACAGUAUCAUCUUCUUCACCAGUCAAAGAAGUCAAACCUCCACAGAUUGUCAAGGUGUCUCCUCUGCCUCCCAAAGAGUCUACUGCUCCUGUGGCUCAAGAUGUGCUACCCCUUGUUAAAGACACCACCCCCAUACUGGUUACAGUAGCAUCUCCUUCACCAGUCAAAGAAGUCUCACCUCCACAAGUUGUCAAGGUGUCUCCUCCGCCUCCCAAAGAGUCCACUGCUCCUGUGGUUCAAGAUGUGCCUCCCCUUGUUAAAGACACGACCCCCACACUGGUUACAGUAGCAUCUCCUUCACCAGUCAAAGAAGUCUCACCUCCACAGGUUGUCGAGGUUUCUCCUCCGCCUCCCAAAGAAUCCACUGCUCCUGUGGUUCAAGAUGUGCUACCCCUUGUGGAAGACACCACCCCCAUACUGGUUACAGUAGUGCCUCCUUCACCAGUUAAAGAAGUCUUGCCUCCUCCCGUUAUCCAGACCACUCCUCUGCCUUCCAAAGAGUCCCCUCCUGUUGUGGUUCAAGAUGUUAAAGACACCACACCCACAGUGGUCACAGUAGUGGCUCCUUCCCCAAUUGAAGAAGUCUCACCUCCACAGAUUGUCGAGGUUUCUCCUCUGCCUCCCAAAGAGCCCUCUGUUUCCUUGGUUCAAGAUGUGCCCCCACUUGUUAAAGACACCACCCCCACACUGGUUACAGUAGUGCCUCCUUCACCAGUCAAAGAAGUCUCACCUCCACAGGUUAUUGAGGUCUUCCCUCCACCUCCCGAAGAGGUUUCUGUUCUGUCACUUGAAGCGGUAACUCCUCUACCUCCUCAAGAAGAUGCAUCUCAAUCCUCUGAAGAGGCACCACCUGUCAGCAUUCUUACCCCACCACAAAGUAUUCCACCUCCACCUCCUCUACCAACACAACCCCAGUCAUCAAAACAGGAGAUUGAUCUGUCACAAGAGAACAUCCCUGUUGAACCUGAAACAAAUCUAGCUUCAUCCAACAGUAUUCUCACACCCCCUCAGAGUAUUCCACCUCCACCUCCAGUAGAGGUUGUCAACCAGGAGCAGGUUGUAGCCUCGAAAACUGAUGGUCCAGCAACCCAGGAGACACUGCCUUCGCCUCCAUCUGAAAUAUCAGUGGCACCAGCUCCUGAAACUUCUCCUCCAUCAGAAAAGACUCAAGAACCUGCUCCUUCUCCACCCACAAACAUAUCUUUACCAGUGGAGGAUGUUGUCAGCAUUAAGGACCUGCCUAGUCCUUCAAGCACAGAAAACGAAAGCCAAGAGCAGACCCCUGCCCCCGUUGUACAAGAAGAACCCACUCCUGUUGUCUCCACAUCCCUCAUGCAGAUGGUCAAGCUGCGGUCCGGCAGCAGCAGCCCUGAGCCCCCUAAAGCUCCAGAGCAACCACAGGCUGAGGUCACAAUGAGGAAGCAGCAGCCCAGCAGUCAGGUCCCAACAUUGUCUGCCAGUGGUGAGGCUCCUCAGAAGCCCAUCAGAAGGUCUCUGAUCAUGACCUCUCCCGCAUCUUCUCCUCCACCUGUCAUAACCAUUUCACAACCGACUCCUCCCAAGUCCCUUUCAGUUGUGGUCCCACCUGCGUCUUCAUCCACAGCCCUCUCUAUGAAAAAGUCUCCUCCUGCCAUGACCACUUCUCCUUCCAUGAACCUACAGGAGGCCAUCCGUCUAAGGACAGCAGCCCGAUCAAAAGAGGGAACUGCAUCUCGCCUCAGCCUGCACUCACCAACAUCGCCCAUGGACCUCCAUAAGUCCCCUACCAGUACUGCGAGCUUUAUCUUUUCCAAGAGCAACAAGAAAGUGGUGAUUGAGACUAAGCCAGUGCUGGAGGACAAACAAACUAUAGAGAAAAACUUGGAGGCUCCCACUGUAACAAAAGUGAUCAGUGAAGCAGAGUCAUUGAAGAAGGGGGUCAAGGUUCCACCACCUGUUGCAAAGAAACCAAAAACAAAGGGCAAGGAGGUUGAAACCACCGAAAGCAAGGAGCAAACUGCAGGACAGGAAGCACAGCAAGAGAGUAUCACAGCUUCAGAUGCUACAGAGAAAACAAAUGGGACAGCAGGUACUGUUGAAGGAGGAGGGACAUCGUCUACAUGAUUGUAAAGACUGAAGGACACCUGGGAAGGACUUACCAAUAACACUUACUUCACUGCAAGUCUAUGUGUGCGGUAGACAAGAAGCUGGAUUUGAAUUAAUGAAAUCCUUAUUUCAAAGAAUAUAUAUUUUGAAAAGUUCUUAUUUGAAUUUGAGUUAAUGGUGUUGGUUUUAAUUUCCUGAAGUACUCGUUUUGCAUUUUACAGAGAGUAAAUGCUGUAUAUUUUCUUUGCCAGAGGGUGUUCUGAGCUUUGCUGUUGCAAGAGAUGGGGAUAUACCUCCCUCUAGUGUAAAACAGUGAUUGUACCACUUGUGUCCUGCUGAAUCAGAGCUUUAGUCAGUACUUGGGACUUUUGGGCGCUCAUCUGUAAAUAUAGCACCAUUUUGUAUAUUUAACAUAAUCCACUAAUGAUGGAUUUGCUCUACAGAGUUCUGUUCUGUGUAUUUUCCAAAAGAGUUUCCACACCAAUUAUAUUUGUUAAAAAAAUAUUAAUUAUCUAAGUUAUUUUCCUGUCAAGUUCAGAGGAGAGUCAGAAAAUGUCACCUUGAAAUGUUUGUUAAAUCCUAACAUUAUGAUAUAAAUCUAGUUUGUUUGCAUAGCUCCAAAAUUAUAUCCAAAUUUAUGUUGUCAAGAAUCCCAGGUUGGUUUUUUUGUGUUUCGAGGCAAUCUAUGCACAUGACAAUUAAUGUCAUAGAAAAUGCAGACAUCAAGCAAAACUAAAUUCAUCCUUACGAAGCACAUUUUCUGCUGCUUUUAGUUACUGAUCAUGAAAGCGUUGCCUUUCCUCACAGCUGUUACGGCUCGAGCAGUGGGAUGUUUCUGUGUUGAACGCUGGAUUUCAAACUGGUUUUAGAGACUGUAAUGUAAGGAAAUCAUUUAUAAAGGAAAAAAAUAAAAGAUUUAUGGAAAAAUCAA